CUGGGAUAUGCAUGUGCUGCAGCCUUUACUAACCCGGCAGCUCCUCCACCCACCACUGCCCUUAAUUAACUGACGCAAAAUUACUACACAAAUUCCACACCCAUUUAAAACUAGCUAACCUCAAAUAUCCACAUCAAUUAAUACAAAUAUACAUACAUAUAACAUAUAUAUGAUUUCAAUUUGCAAAUGGCUGAUGCAAAUGGAGUCAACAAAGGAGCAUGGACUGCCGACGAAGACCGGAUACUAACACACUUUGUCGAAAAACACGGCCCGAGGAGGUGGAAAUCUCUGGCUAUCUUAUCAGGAUUGAAUAGGUGUGGAAAGAGUUGUAGGCUGAGAUGGUUAAACUAUCUUAGACCCGACAUCAAGAGGGGCAACAUUUCCGAUGCCGAGGAGGACUUGAUAAUAAGGCUACAUCGACUCCUCGGAAAUCGGUGGUCCUUGAUUGCGGGUCGACUUCCCGGGAGAACUGACAAUGAGAUAAAGAAUUACUGGAACGCUCAUCUGAGAAAGAAAGCCAAGUCGUUAUCAAUGGACAAACUAUCUGUGACUAGUGCACUUGAUCAAGAAAUGUUGCAAAACAAUCUUGAUGAUGAUGAUGAUGAUGAUGGUGAUGAUGAGGAGUUUAGUAGUAGUCGGCUGGUAGAGCUGAGCUCGGAUAUUGGUGACGGCCAAUCAUUUGAUUGUACGACGACAGGAGGAUCCUACAGAUUGGAUUGGGUCAAAAGUUUUCUUGAACUCGAGGAAAAUUAA